UUUUUGGAGUGCCAUGGACACUGUCCCCUCCAUUUGUAGGGAGGGUGUUGUCGAGCACAAGAUGAGACUCCCAUUCUGACUGUCCAGGCUGGGACUUGCAGGCAGAAGCCAAUUGCCCCCCCCAACAGGCUCUCACACAGGGUACCUGUCCAAAACAAGUCUGUCAUCUGUAUUUUUCACUUCCUGGGGGUUGAAAUGCUGAUGGCUCUGAGCGCUGGACCCCAACCCGGCCUGCUUUCCCAGCAGUACCCUCCUCCUCUGUUGCCCAAGCCUGGCAAGGACAAUGCCCGGCUCCAGAAACUACUCAAGAAGACCGCCAAGAAGAAAGCCGCCCCCCAGACUUUGCAGACGCCUGUACCCUACCGCUCUAGCCUCUCUCCUGUUAGUGAGGCCAGCCCUGACCAGGAACACAGUGACCACAUGACCCCUUCCAAGACACCAGAAACCCCCAUCUACAGUGCCACCCAGCAGGCCAGGUUUUCUGUCAGACCUCCUGUGAAACCCUACCAUGAGCAUGUACCGUCCCCUUACCCACAACACCGAGGCAUAGCCUAUGGGAUGAUAGCAAGCUUCUCCCCACAGCCCUACACUGCUCCAGGCCAGACCUCUGAUCAAUUGAUGGGCUCAUUCAAUACAUAUGCACCCCCACCACCUGUCGAGAUACAGACUGUAUCUCCAGCACCUCCACAAGCUCCACUGCCUUCCACAGGGUCAACUCCAGCUCCAGUACCAGCUACUGCUCCGGGGAUCCAAACAGUUGCACUUCCAGCCCCAAUAACACCAGAGCCUCAAAUAGUUAUACCUACAGUCCCAACUAUAGCACCAGCACACCACACUCUCUCAUCUUCAGGCCCAACUGUAGCUCCACCACCCCAAAAUGGCCCACCAGCUGCUCCAGUGCCUCAAAUUGUCACACCUCCAGCUCCAGCUAUAGGUCCAGCUCAUGUUCAAGCUCAAGGUCUACCGUCAGUACUAGCUUUAGGGCCAGCUCCAUAUACAAAGCCACCUGUCUCCACCCAGGAUGUGGAAACCUGCCCUCCUGGUGCUGUACAUCAGGAUGCAAUAGUCAUGACCCAGGCCUAUGGUCUCCAAGUUCAAGUGAAGAAUUUGACCAGUCCUGAACUUCCGAGUCCACCAAUGCCUAUUCCAGAGACCACCAAAUCAAAGAAACCCAUGUUUGAUGUUCCCCAAAUGAAGGUAUACACUGCAACGUCUUCAUUUUAUGAGACUUCCAAGACAGCUUUGUAUGAAAAAUCAGGCAUGAAAACAUCAGAUUAUGGAACACCAUUAACAUCUGAGGUGAAAGGAGAUGCAGCACAAGCAUAUGAUGUCUCAGUGGCAAAAACGCCAUCAGGGCGACCAAAGACACCAUCAUACCAAGUCUCUCAUGAAAAGCCACCUGUUUUCGAAAUUUCAAGGCCUAACCCAAUGUUAUUUGCAACAUCUCCUGCUAUGACCUUAUCACAGGACAUCAGUGUUUUCGCAGUCAAAGCUGAGGCAGAGACACCUACAAUAUCCACUUCUGUUGCCAUUAUAACCAAAACACCAGCAGCUGAAGUGGGAAGCUUUAAGCCUUCAGGAUCUGGAGUCACUGCCUCUUAUGGACAUUCAAAAGUUCCAUCACUUAAUGAUGCAGGAACUGAAAAUUCAAAUGGUCUGUCUCUCAUUAACUCUGCCUCAGUGGCUACUUCAAUGGUUGGAAAGCAUAAUGAAGUGUCAAUACCAGAGUCUUCUACAUUUGCAGAUCAAACCUUUAUGUCUCCUUCAAAUGAAAACACAGUGCCAAAGACUGCAAUUCAUGAACCACCUCACCCUGCAGCUGCUUCUUUUGAGUAUCAAAUGCCGAAGACUCCAACUUAUGAACCACCUAAACCUACAACUCCAUCGCUUGGGUAUCAAAGCCCAAAAACACCGAUAUAUGGUGCACCACCUUUUGGCUUCCAAAGGCCCAAGAUACCAGCAUAUGGAGCCCCAAAACCUAAACCCAAGUCGACAUAUUAUGGAUUGACUCCGGCUGAAUAUAUUGCUUAUGGUGGAAUACGAAAUAACUCACCAUCCUAUGGUACCACUACACCAUCAAAUGAGGUACCCAAAUAUCCAGAAUUACAAAGAUCUAAGGCACCUCCCUUGCAUGAAGUUUCAAAGUCUGAAGCACUGUCUGAACAACCAGACAUACCUAAAGUCUCCUCUGAUGAAAUGCAGAGAUCUACCAUUCCCAGUGUGGAGCACUCCGUUCCUAAAAUCUCAGAUAAUGGUUCUUCUAAUGUCCUAAAACCAAAAAUACUGUCAAGUGAGAACAGUCCUGGAAGGGGUGCCACUACAGCCAAAAAACCAAUAUAUGAGAUUGAUAAACCUAAACCAGCUUCAGAGGUACAAUCACCUCACAAAUCAACAUCUCUAAUGGCGGCACUCAGAGCUAGACUUCCUACAAGUGGAAAAAGCAUACCAAUGCUCCUAACUUCUGGGGCCAAAACUACCACUGAAGAUUUAAGUGGUGGUAAAAUGGCAUCAAAGCAGACAGUAACUGAGCUAGGUAUUCCAAACCAAACUGAACAGGAAAUGCCCAGACCUAAGAUUGCCGAAGUGUCUGAAGGUUCCAUUCCUUCCCCGCUUCAGGUUUCAGCCUCUGUGAACCCUGUGGAAGUAACAAGUGUGAUUCAAUCACCAGGGGCUGGCCAGCAAGAUGAGGGUAAACUCUCAAAAGCUGAGGACAAACCUACACAAGAAAGGAGCCCUGCAUCAGCUGCAGAAGAGAAGGAUCAGGGGGAGAAAACAUCCCCAAAGGCAGAACCUCUGCUAAAAGCUUUCCAGAAACCAAAGGGCCUGAAAUCCAAACUCAGUGGGUGGACAAGACUCAAAAAGCAUAUGGUGGUGGAGCCUGAAGAGCCCAAGUUCCCAGAGGCAGAACCCAAUUCAAAAAAGGACACCCCCAAUGGUAAGCAGGAGAAGCAGAAUGGCCAGGGAAAGGGGUCAUCUGAAACUCGCCAGCAGACUGGGAGUCAGGAUGGGAAAAGCAAAGGCACCAGAGCCAUUAAGAUGUGGGAUGCAGUCCUCUUCCAAAUGUUCUCCACCAAAGAGAACAUCUUGCAGCAGAUCAAUGCCAACAAAAGUGAGGCAGAGAGAAAAAAUACACAAAAAGAGAUUCCAUCUUUUGUCCAUCGCCUGCCUAUCCUCCUGUACAGCCCCCGGUUCGAUGCCAGGAAGCUGAAGGAGGCUGCUUCAAAACCCCUCACAAAAAUUGCUACAAUGUUUGAGUUGGGGCUACUAAAUCGCAAGCAUCAUGAUGAAGAACCAAAAGACUUUAACCGAACUGCAAAAGGGUUCACUGUUGAAAAAACUACAGACAUCUGAUUUGGCCUGUAAAGUGGUAUUCUAGAGUGGAAAAAUUAAUCAUGUAUUUACAUAAGUGAUCAAUCCUUCCUAAAAAUAGACAUUUGGUGGUAAACAGUCCACAGGAGUCACAUAUAUGAAAAGGUCUUUAUAUUUAAUCUUCACCAAAUUUCCCUUAAGUUGGCAAUACAACUAACCUAUUUAGACUGACCCACCCACUGAGAUGGCAUGAUCAAAGACAGUCACGUCAAUGUAACACAACUGGUGGGCUUAUGACUUCACAUAAUUUCAUGUUUUCCAUGUUACAGAAAUAAACUCUAUGCGCUCCAGGCUUUACAGUACAUCAACAAAUGUUUGUAGGUGAAAAAGCUGUUCACCUACAACAACAUGACAACAGAUAUUUUACAAUAUGAAAAUAAA